AUGUCUGCUCCAGCCAACAAUUACAAAGUCGCCGAUAUCUCCUUGGCUGCCUUCGGCAGAAAGGAUAUCGAAUUGUCCGAGAACGAAAUGCCCGGUUUGAUGGACAUUAGAAAACGUUACGGUGCUCUCAAACCUUUGAAGGGUGCUAGAAUCGCCGGUUGUUUGCACAUGACGAUUCAAACCGCAGUUUUGAUUGAGACUUUGGUUGAGCUCGGUGCUGAGGUCACCUGGUCUUCUUGUAACAUUUUCUCGACCCAGGACCACGCUGCUGCUGCCAUUGCUGCUGCUGGUGUCCCCGUGUUCGCAUGGAAGGGUGAGACCGAUGAGGAGUACUUGUGGUGUAUUGAACAACAAUUGUUCGCUUUCAAGGACAACAAGAAGUUGAACUUGAUUUUGGACGAUGGUGGAGACUUGACCUCUUUGGUUCACGACAAGUACCCUGAGAUGUUGGAUGACUGUUACGGUUUGUCUGAGGAAACCACCACCGGUGUCCACCACUUGUACAAGAUGUUGAGAGACGGUAAGUUGAAGGUUCCUGCCAUCAAUGUUAACGAUUCCGUUACCAAGUCCAAGUUCGACAACUUGUACGGAUGCAGAGAGUCGUUGAUUGACGGUAUUAAGAGAGCCACCGAUGUGAUGAUCGCCGGUAAGGUUGCCGUUGUUGCUGGUUUCGGUGACGUUGGUAAGGGAUGUGCUAUGGCCUUGAGAGGUAUGGGAGCCAGAGUUAUCGUCACCGAGAUCGACCCUAUCAAUGCUCUUCAAGCUGCUGUUUCCGGUUACCAAGUUUGCCCUAUGGAAGAAGUUGCUUCCAUUGGUCAAAUUUUCGUCACCACCACUGGUUGUCGUGACAUUCUUACCGGUGUCCACUUUGAACAAAUGCCAGAAGACGCCAUUGUUUGUAACAUUGGUCACUUUGACAUCGAAAUUGACGUCGCUUGGUUGAAGGCUAACGCCAAAUCUGUUGUCAACAUCAAGCCUCAAGUCGACAGAUUCUUGAUGAAGAACGGUCGUCACAUUAUCUUGUUGGCCGAGGGUAGAUUGGUCAACUUGGGAUGUGCCACUGGUCACUCCUCGUUCGUCAUGUCUUGUUCUUUCUCCAACCAGGUAUUGGCUCAAAUCGCUUUGUUCAGAUCCGAGGACAAGGAAUUCAAGGCCAAGUUCCCCGAGUUCGCCAAGAUCAACAAGUUUGACCUCGGUGUGCACUUGUUGCCAAAGAUCUUGGAUGAGCAGGUUGCCAAGUGCCACUUGGACCACUUGGGUGCCAAGUUGUCUGUCUUGAGCGAUGUUCAAGCCGAGUACUUGGGUUUGCCAAAGGAAGGUCCAUUCAAGGCUGACAUUUACAAGUACUAA